AAACGAUACUAACCUGGCCUGGUAGAAGCGAGGAAAAACGCCUCUAAUGUAACUGUUCUCCGCUGUGGAUGAAAUUUACACGAAUGAAUCAGUGAAAUUCUACUAUUUAAGGUUAUCUUUAUGUUCCAGCAGUUCUUCAGGAUUUUUUCUUUCUUCCUUUAUACAUCCGGAGGGGUUGGCGCUGCUAACGCGCGCGACUUUUCAAAGUGGGCGAGUCCAUGUGACGAGGAUGUUCAGCAGGCUAGUUAGCCAGCUAGCUUAGCUUAGGAUUUUUACAGUUAACGUGCAGUGCAACAUGUCGAUUGAUUUUGACAGCGCUGCUCUUCAGACUCAGCAUGAUGAGGAGGAAUACGACCAGGAAGACUAUACGAGAGAGCAAGAGCUGCACAAGCUGCUCACAGACCUGCCAGAUGACAUGCUGGAAGACAGCAGAGACUCCUCCUCCCCUGAGCUGGAGAGCUCUACCUACAGCCGUAAAAACACCGGCAACAGCCCUCAGCCAAAGUGGAACCAGGAUUGGUCUGAUCAUGUACAGCCAACGUCUCAUGCACAGGCCUCUGAAGUUGGCUCACAUGAUGAGUACGCCUAUGAGGAUGGUCCUGGGUAUCCUAACGGACAUCUGAGUCACCCUCCUAAUCCAUUACUGCCUCACGGAUGGAACCGGGAUCAUCACUUUGUUCAGGAAAAUCAAACACGCACAAACAUGGACUCAGAUGAUUACGCAGAGACCAGGGAUUAUCCUGCAGAGUGUGAGCCCAUGUUGUAUCCUGAAAGCACCAAAAACCAUGUGGAUUAUAACGGAGACGGCGGCUACAGCAAUCACCAUGGGGACCACGGCAGCAGAAGCCAUUUCCAGAAAUUAAACUCUGGACUGGGUGACCAUGGUGGUAAUCAGUACAGGGUUACUUAUAACCCUCCACAUCCUGCCCAUCAGCCUAACAUGGUGAACCCUCAUGGUGCUCAGAAACAUGAUCAAUUCGACCAGCUGCAGAGGGAGUUUCUUGAUUCGACGCAGCAAACGGCCAAUAGGGAGCAGGUCGCUCAGCUGCAGGUUUUAAACAAAGCUCAACAGAGGCAAAUAGAGGACUUGGAGCGGAAACUGGAGGAUUCACGCCGUAAUAUGAGAUACAUCGAGCAUCAGUUUGCAAUCGUCAAAGAUGAAAAAGAUGGCCUUGCUGUCAGUUUGAAGGAGUCCAGUCGACUGAUAGAAGAGGCGAAGAAAGGAGAGGUUCAAAUGCAAAACAAGCUGAAGGUGUUGGAGCAGCAGGUACAGAUCCUCAGGGAGAAAGACCAGGAGAACACGAAGAGGCUGAAGGUUGCCGAUGCUGCAGUGGACAGCAUGAAGCAGCAGAUGCUGGAGCUGUGUCGCUCUGACACUUUGUCCAGAACGCGGGAGCAGCACGACAGAGACCUGGCCACCAUGAAGGAGCAGCACCAGGCUGCACUGCUGGCUCUGGAGCAGAAGCUCGAUUCUACCUCGCAGGCUUUCAAUGACCAAAUUGACGUCAGUAAGAAGCUUCAACAGCAAGUCAAGCAGCUGGAACGUCAGAGAGAAGAAGAGCAGCUGGAGAGAGCCAGGAUCGUUAAUUCUCUCACCCAGCGCCUGGAGGAGAGUCAGCAGCAAUGUGCCAAGCUGCUGCAGACAAAUUCGGUGCAAGAAAUGAGCCAAAUGCAGAUCAAACUACAACAAGCCCAGUCGGCGAAGGCACUGAGUGAAAACAUGAACAAAGUUUUACAGGAAGAUGUGGCUGAGCUGAAAGAGCAGAUUAAUCUAUAUGAAUCUGCAUUAAAACAUGGCAUAGUAGCAUUUGACCCAACUAACGACUCGGAGACCCAUCUGUCUGAGUCCUGCAUAGAUCUGGGACUGAAGAAGCCUGAAAGGAAGAACGGCACCCUUCACAGUUCUGUUCUGAAUCACCUGUCAGACUCCAAACUGCCCAAGGAAGAAGCUCUGCGGCUGCUGCGCAUGGAAAUGCAGCGCUGCCUGGGGUGUCUGAAGGCGAAGAGACAGAAGAUCAAUCAGCUGCAGGACGAGCUCCAACAAUCUCAGGCUCGGGUUCGUGAGCUGCUGGCCGAGUUGGAGGAAGCGAAGCGAAGCUCUGCAGCCAGAGAAACCGACCCGAUGACACACCUGGACAUGACCGAAGGAGCACAGAAAGAGAUGCUGAGGAUGCAGGAGGAGAAACAAAGCCUGCUGGAAAAAGUCCAGUUACUCGAAACAAAGAAUAAGGAGUUAAAACAGAAUGAGGAAAAGCUGAAAUGUACCAACUCUGAACUGUGCACCAAAAUGAGGGAAAUGAUCCAAGAACUGGACCAAGAAAAACAGGAAGCUGCUGAAAGGACUGAGCGGAUUAAUCAGCAGUAUAGAGAUGAUGUGGUGAAGCGGGUCAGAACAGAGCUCAUGACGGAGCACAGCGCUGAGCUGGAGCGGCUGACUGCGCAGCACCAGCAGCAGAUUCAGGAGCUGCAAAACCAGCUGUCAGAAGUCAGUGAUAAGAUGCUGGCUGUGCAGGAAUGUUACAUCUCUGUGUGCAACGAGAAGUGUCUCCUGGAGGAAACGAUACAGAAGAGAGAGAAGGAAGAGAGUAGUAGGACUGCUGGAAAGCUGAGAGGAGAACUGGAGGCUCAGCAUCAGGUCUCAGUGAUGAAGCUUAAAGAAGAAUGGUCCAAGGAGAAACAGGCUGAAAUGCAGCGGGAAGUGAGCUCUCAUGUAGCUUCCACAGACGCCAAAUGGAAGAUGGAACUUCAAAAGAUAGAGACGACCUGGGCUCAGAAGUUGGAGGAGGCUAAGAGGGAGAGAAACUCAGACACUGCUGAGGCGACGUGCCAAACAGAAGAGCUGGAGGCAGACGGUCACGCAGUUUCUGCUGAGGAGCUGGACGCCAGGCUCGCUGCCCAGAAACAGGAAGCUGACAAAGAGCAACGCAAAGCUGUGGAGGAAGCCAAAAAACGAAUCCAGAGAGAGUUGGAAGAGAAACACCUGAACGACAUGGCCAAGCAGGUGGAAGGGGCUGUAACCCGGGCCUACAGCCGCUGGAUUGAGGAUUUGCCUUCCCUACCGGAGCAUCAAACACUUCUCCAAAGAGAAAAGCAGAAAUGGGAAGAGCUGCAGGAAGAAGUCACAAGGCAGAAAGUGUCCCAGGCCCUGAGGGAAGCAGAGGAGGAGCGGCACAAGAAGCAAGUGGAGCAUCCUCAGGAGGAGCUGGCAGCUCUGAAGAGCCAGCUAGAGCAAGCCAGCAGAGAGCAAGCCGCCCUGCUGAAAGCUGAGCUAGCUGCAGCCCGAGCAGCGUGGCACAGAGACAAACAGCAGGAGAUCUCCAUCAUCCAAGCCCAAAACCAGCAAGCAUACCAAACCAAGCUGCUGGAGCAGUGCAAAAACCUGGAGCAGGCUGUGCAGGGAGUCCGAGAAGAUGCUGACCUCCAGAGGAAGGAGCUGCUUCUGCAGAUGGAGGCCAAGCUUCAGCAGGCUCUAAGGACGCGAGAAGAGGAGUGGAGACGCCAGUAUGCAGAGAAGGAGCUGGCCCAACGACAACAGAUAAAGGAACAGUUUCUAUCAGAGCUUCAGGCUGCCGUGGCCGACGUCUCUACACAACUUCUAAGGCCUUCUGGAGCAGAGCUUCAGCAGUCUGUAGAUGAAAGGAGCAGCAGCAGGUCUCCAUCACAAGCAGCAAUCACAAACAUCAUUGAAACCGCGUGUAGAGAAAUGGUGAAGAGGGCAGUAUUGGAGGCUAAGAAGGAGUGGAAGAAAACAAGUGAAGAGAAGCUGAGCAGCAUCCUAAAAGAAACACAAGAGAGACACACAAGAGAAGUCCACAAAAUACAAGAGUCUUUGUCUCAGAGGAAGGAGCGGUCAUGUUACAUGAAGGAAUGCACCGAAAGCCUCGGGAAGCUGCAGAAGAAGAAUCAGGAGCUCCAGAGACAUUUAGAGAAAGCCUGCCGUCAACUUCAGCACCGCAUCCGUGAACACAAAACCGCCAUUCAGCUUCUUAAAGAUGAGCAUGAAGGCAGCAUGCAGAAGCUGAAAGAGGAGCACCUGCAGCAGUUGGAGGAAGUGAAGAGAGCUAAAGAAUCCUCUGGAAAUUCUGACCUCCAGCAAGCCCUCGAGGAGAUGAAGCAGCAAUACCUGAUCACUGUAGAAAAGAUCAGAGGAGACAUGCUGCGUUACCUGCAGGAGAGUCGAGGCCGUGCGGCAGAGAUGAUCCGCAUCGAGGUGCAGAGAGAGAGACAGGACACGGCCAGAAAGAUGAGGCACUAUUAUCUGACCUGUCUGCAGGAGUUACUGGAGGACGGGGGGAAAACUACGGGUGCUGAGAAGAAAAUAAUGAGUGCUGCAAGCAAGCUGGCGGCCAUGGCUAAGGUGCUGGAAACUCCUGUUAAAAGUAAAUCCGGAAAGAAUUACGUUUUACAAAGCUGUCAGACGGGUGGAUCCUCUAACGCCGCUGGAGGCCUGCCAGCUGGAGGCGCUGGUUUCAGUACCAACCUGGCGGCAAUAAACAAACUUCCUGAUUUGAGGCCAGAGCAGCAACCUGUAAACGCUUCCGUGGAUCCAGGGCUGAAGCCAAACACAGCAGCUGGAAGCAAACUUUUAAUCCACCGGGACACUUCUGCCCCUCAGGAGGGUUCAGACGCCGCAGGGUCAAAACCCCAAACCUUUAAUGCCAUCCCACCUUCCUACAAAUCUCAGCAGACAUCUUCCCAACAGCACAUGGAUUUUGUCGCUUCGUCUUCGACGGGUAAAAGCUCCGAUUGGCUUCUGCAAGGAGGCGACUCAAACAAAGCAGUUAGCCGCGCAAAAUCAGCUGGACACAGCCGACCUUUCCUCGUCCAGGAGGCUCCAGUCAGAGAUGAGAAGCAGGCGGACUGGAGCCUGGCUAGCAGUGACUCAGACUCUGGCCCAAACGUAGCCAGAACGUCACACCCCCGGAGGACAGUUGAACCACUGAGGCCUUUGACUGUGAGUGAAAUGGGAGCAUUUGGGGGCCUCACACCAGAUGGUUCAGACCUAACAGUGUAUGAGGAGAUUCCCAAACAGACGCCUAUGACCGAAAAGGAUGCUCAAGCAAAGAGGAGUCUGGUCAGAGAGCCGAUCCCCGGCUCAGAGUGUGAAAACGGGCAGCAGGCUCGCUUCAGGGUUCUGUUCGGUGAGCUGAGGGAGCGACAGCAGGACAGCGGGUUCGACAGUCCCACCUACCAGCAGAAAUGAUGAAGGCAGGGAAGAGGCAGUAGCUUCAUAACCUGUGCCUUUAAUUCAUCAUGUUUACAUGUUAUAAAACAUUGAAAACAUCUUCAGCAGUUUUGCCAACCAUGCUUCAUUAAUAGAUAAAUACAUUUUAAGAUAUUUCUUAUAUAUGUUUGUCGCAGAACUUUGCUUUUACUGCAGAUUUUGUCCAAUUCACACAAGUUCAGCAAAAUAAAGGAAUCCCAGUAUGAUAGUAAAAAUGAUCUGGGACAAUUUUAAGAAACAAAAACAUGCUUUCCGGUCAGAGUUUUAGCUGCUCCUCCAAGCAGGAUUAGAUGAAGGGGUUUAAAUCAGGUGGAUUCUUUAAAAUGACCCAGAGUUUUUUAGGUAAAGCAUAUGUGAGAUUUUGGGAAAGCCUUCCUUACCUUUGUGUUUGGGCUUAAUGUCCUGUUGGAACCCCAAACUGCCCCCAAGUUUCACUCAUCUGAGUCUAAAUGUUUCCCUUCCUUCCCUUGUCCAUAAAAAAGACCCAAGAUCCGAAGCUGACACCUUCAAAUGCAACUAAAACUCCCCACAUAGACGAGCCCGAUGUCCUGGAGAAACAUUCUGCUCCGUUUGGACACAGCGACAUACGAGAAGUUGAUUUGAUGCUUUUAAAACUAAAAUAACUGUAAGUCAAGGUGUUGGAAGUGUGGUGCUGAGGGUCUGCUUUGCUGCCAGUGGUAUUUGUGAACCACAUAAAGAAUUCCCUCCACAUUCUCCCCCUCAUAGC